GAACUCUCCUGUUGGUGAAGGUACAAAAGGUACAGGUUAUGAAAGUGUUGUUUGUCAGUCACAUUCUGACAGUACAUGAUAGGCUACUGUUAGACCCUAGAUGAUAGAGAAGCGGAGUGGCCAAGUGAAGCUAGUGGUUUGGAGAUUUCAUAAUAUGUUUAGGAGUUGGAGUGAAUUUAUUUUAUAGUGAUACUGAUAGCAGAGGUGAGAUAGAUGGAGAAGUUGUUGACGAGAUCUUGUCUAUACUGCCAGUCACUGAGGGUUUACUCCAGACCGAUUCAACAUGUCCGCAAUGGUUUUCACACAUCUUCAGCAUGUAGACAGAAGGCUAGUGGCACCAGGGCCAGUGGCUGGAAGCGCAUACGCAGUGGUUUGAAGUAUGGACUGGUUGGCCUGACACUGUCUGCUGGUGUGCUCUAUGCUAUAGCUGAGGAACCAGAAAGGCGGAAGGUCAGAGUACUCAUUGGUGGAAUUAAAAGAUUUACAAGGUCUCUUAAGAUAGGAACAAUUAUUUCUAUGGAUUAUAAAUAUAACUUGUGGGGGCUGGAGGAGGACUCGGAUGAUUAUAACGAAGCUUUAAAGCCCUGUCACAAAAGGGCUGCGGAACGUUUAUUGACCGGCUGUUUAGCUAAUGGAGGAUUGUAUGUGAAACUUGGACAAGGUCUGGUAUCUAUGAAUCACAUCCUACCAAAAGAAUAUUUGGAAACACUUGUUGUUCUUCAAGAUAAAGCCCUUCCAAAGAAACCCCAUGAUAUUGAGCAGCUAUUUUCAGAAGAUUUUGGAAAACCACCUCAGGAAUUUUUCAAGAGCUUUGAGGAGGAACCUAUUGCAGCUGCCAGUUUAGCACAAGUUCAUAAGGCAGAAACUCAUGAUGGACAAAAGGUGGCAGUCAAGGUGCAGUACAUAGACUUACAAGACAGGUUUGCUGGUGAUGUAUGGACAUGUGAAAUUUUGCUAAAAUUAAUUGGAUGGGUGCAUCCCAAGUUUGCCUUCGCCUGGGUGUUGCAGGAUCUGAAGGACACAUUAGCCCAAGAAUUAGAUUUCAUAAAUGAAGGGAAAAAUUCAGAGAAGUGUCAAAGAGAUUUAAGCCACUUAAAGUAUGUGUAUGUGCCAAAAGUUCACUGGGAUAAAACGUCAACUAGGGUGCUAACAGCAGAGUUUAUAGACGGACAUAAAAUUAGCGACAAGGAUGCUAUAGAGAAGAUGGGGCUUUCGUUGUAUGAUGUUGACCAGAAGUUGUGCCGGGCAUUUGCAGAUCAGAUUUUUCUCUCAGGAUUUGUUCAUGCUGAUCCCCAUCCGGGCAAUGUGUUCAUUAGAAAAGACACGGCAGGAAAAGCUCAGCUAGUGUUGCUGGACCAUGGCCUCUAUGACAAAUUGACCCCAGAGAACAGACAGUCCCUAUGUAACCUCUACAGAGCAAUUGUACUCAACAAUGAAGACAACAUGCAGAAGUUCUCCAAGGCUUUGGGAGUUGAUGAUUACCAGGUGUUCUCCCUUCUAACAAAGCAAGGAAGGGUUAAAUUUGAUAGAGCACCACCAUUGUUUCGACACAAAAUUUAUUCAAAGAAGGAAUUUUAUGAGUUACCUCCAGAAAUUAAAGCAGAAUGGCUGGAAGACUACCAUGCCCUGCAUGAGCGAAUACGCCAUGUACUGAGACAGAUGCCUUCUGAACUUUUCUUUAUUUUUAGGAAUAUGAACACCAUUAGAGCAAUUUGUCAGGAACAUGGCCAUGUAGUGGACAGAUAUGGUAUUAUGGCAAAGAGCGCAAUGAGAGGUGCUCGUAAGUUUGGUUUACAGGACAUAACGUGGUCAGGGAGGAUAAAGUCGUGGUUAGAGACUCUACGUUACGAUUACCGCAUUAGGGCUGAGAACUUGAAGAUAUGGCUGGGAAUUCUAUACCUGCGGGUCCUGGUGUGGUUAGGAAGAGUGCCAUCAUUAGAAGAAAUCAAAUCAAUAAUAGAGAAAGAACAGAAAAGAUUAAAUCCUGUUUGAGAAGGCUACGGCAUAGAAACAAAUAUAAGGAUUUUCAAAAGGGGGGGGGGGGGGUCGCAUUUUAGACCUGACUUAAUUUUAGUGAUUUCUAUGUUGGGUAUUCAACCAUUCUUUUAAAUGUAACAUAUUCCUUUUUAAUACAUUACAGUUGAUGAUAAUACACAAUGUUUUAUCAGUAUUUAUUAUUUUACUAAGAUACAUUGCAACAUUGCUUUAAACAAUACUUUCUGUUGACUAGAUUGCUUUAAUAAUUUAAUAGUAUAUGUGAAAGGUGUGUUUUUGUUUUUCACACUUUCUUGUGAUAUGCACUAUAUGAAAUUGUGUUAUGAAAUAUAUACAUCAGGAAUAUUAAAAUAUUUUUACUAA